AUGUGCCUGCUGGGCCCCUCCGGGGGCUGCUGCCUCCCGGUGGUGACUCCUGUCGCCUUUUGCCCCCGGGGUGGGAGCCCCACCUCUGGGCUCUGCUUGCCCAGCAGCUGCCAAGGGAACCUCUGGCUCCUGGAGUACCGCCCGGACCCCGAGGGCGACAGGGCGCCCAGCUGCCGGCCGGGGACCUGCACCGCGGGGGGAGCCCCGUGGAGCUGCCGUGAGCCCUGCGACCCUGCAGCAGCGGUGGGGACAACGCGAGGUGCAUGCGGCGCAGCCAGCGGGGGGCCCCGCCACGGCCCACGGGCUCAGACCGCUGUGGGGCGCACGACCCGGGUCGGCGCACCGAUUCCCCGCGCCCCCACGGCGCGCCGGACCCUCACCGACGGCCCCCAGGGCCUCGGGCGACGCAGCACCGCGCCCAGGAGUUCCCGGCCGCUGCCCCACUGCAGACCCAGCAGCCUGGGGUGCAGGGGCUACCAAACUUGGGGCUUCACUCCUGGCGGCUUCUCGCCGUCCUACUGUGCGGCCAGCGGCUGCCAGUCCCCAAACUACUGGGUGAGACACCGGCCCCUGAGCUGCACGUCGCCGCGCUACCUGCCCAGCAGCCUCGGCGGCUGCCUGAGCUCCGUGCCCAACUCCUUCCCUCCCCUGAGGUACCUGCGCCCUGGCUGCUACUGA